GUGGGGUGAGCGCGCCCGGGGCACCGGCCCAGGCUCCUCCUGCCUCCCCCUCCCCCUUCCAACCCCUGCCCCUUACUAAGGCUCCCAGAGCGCCGCGUUCCGCUCACUGGCCGCGCGUCCCACCCAGCCAAUCGUCCCUGCUGCGCCUCGGGCCAAGGUUUCAACAGACCUCACCAAAAUGCCAUCUCAAAUGGAACAUGCCAUGGAAACCAUGAUGUUCACAUUUCACAAGUUUGCUGGUGAAAAAGGCUACUUAACAAAGGAGGACCUGCGAGUACUCAUGGAAAAGGAGUUCCCUGGAUUUUUGGAAAAUCAGAAAGACCCUCUGGUCGUGGACAAAAUAAUGAAGGACCUCGACCAGUGCCGAGAUGGCAAAGUGGGCUUCCAGAGCUUCUUCUCGCUAAUCGCAGGGCUCACCAUUGCAUGCAAUGACUAUUUUGUAGUACACAUGAAGCAGAAGGGAAAGAAAUAGGCGAUAUUGAGCACCACUCCUACCCAAUGAGAGUUCUUCCGAAGGGUCUCUUAAGGAAUCUGUCACACAGCUUCCCUCUGUAUAAAGGAUUCCAUUGGCAGUUGGGGACCCUCAGAAAAUUUACAAAUAAAAUCCAACCCCCAUUUAAGAAGCAGAGAAAGAAAAGUCAGAUAAGCUUUUGAUUUUUAUAUUGUUUGCAUCCUCUUGCCCUCAAUAAACAAAUUCCUUUUUUAGUUCCUCACUUGA